AUGUAUCAUCCUGUAUGGACCGCCGCCGAGCUCGAGGUUCUCGAGUCACUCUACAAAAAACCGUCUACUCGAUAUUUAACCGGUACCCAGAUUCAUAGACUUUUUAAGACCGAACAAGCACGUCAUCUACCCGGUGGUGAGCUUCAUUCUUCGGAACCCUGGCUCCCAAGACCUAUGACACUUAUGAGCUUUUAUAGACAGUAUCACAACUGCUGUGCAAAAGUAGAUAGAACGGCUGCGCUACCGCCGAUUCGAGAUGCGCCAGUCCAAGCUCCUCAGGUACAGCAAGUGCCAGUACAAGUCCCAGAAAGACAACAGCGAGUGCUAUUGCAAGCUCCACCAAGACUACAGCAAGUGCCGCUUGGAACUCCGCAAAUGCCACAGCAACUGCCAGUGGAAGUCUCACAGAUACAACAACAGGCGCCCGUCCAAGCUCCACAGGGACUUCAGCAAGUACCAAUUCAAGUCCCACAAAGUCACCAGCAAGGGCCCGUCCUAGCUCCAAUGCAAACACCUGUCCACCAAACCCCAAGACUCUCACUCCCUCCAGGCACUACUUGUCUCCCAGCAGGCGCCGUCCGCAUUCCCGGUAGCACCAACCGUUUUGCGCACCACACUUACCUCCUCCCCGACAAGCGCAUCCUCCUGCCCAACGGGCUGAUCCUAACCAAAGUCUCCACCGGUACUCGACGCAACAUCCAGCCUCCCAGUCCUGAAGCCCUACAACGCGCCGCCGCCCUCGCUCUCGCUCGCGCUCAUCUCCUAGCUCCGCUAAGACACACCAACAUGCACCUUCCCCUUCCGCGCAUCCGGCAAGUUGUCGGAAGAGAGUUGCAGGGAAGAGCUCAUUUGAAUGCUACCGCGAUCGCUCGUGCUUCUGCCGCGCGAUCUCUCCAGUAUAGACAGCGAUCUCCAGCCCCCGGAUCCCGCGAACAACCCAUCCUCCUCGACGACGAUGAGGAUUCUGCAUCCACUGCAGACAACAGUUCUGUCUCCGCCUCGGCUUCUCGAGAUCAAACUCCACUCUUUGCUCGCGCGUUUCGAACCCUCACAGUCGAGGAUGAAAAUUCCUCUCCCACUUCAGUCGUUCGACUCUCGAAUGGGAGACAUCCUCUUCCUUCUUCUCUUAUUGCACCAGCUGGUCCGAUGACUUUGGAGAGGAUCUUGAAUUGA